AUGGGCGUACGUUUGUGGCAUGUUAAUGGUUGCGGGGAGCUCAUAGCACAGGGAUGGAUUCGCUCUGAGAGAGACCGAGACACGCGUGGGAUGGAAAAUGUGGUGUCAGAGUCACAGAAUGUCACAAGUGAUCCCGUCGCAGGAAACGCGUCCCCUCCGUGUCCCCCGCGGGCCUUAGCUGUCCCGACCUGCCAAGGGAAAAUCGCCUUCGGUUCGUCCCCGCCCCGGGCAGACGAACCCCGCCUCCUGCUCGUCCAGGAGGCGGGGAAACGCGUCCCACCCUGUCCCCCGCGGGCCUUAGCUGUCCCGACCUGCCAAGGGAAAAUCGCCUUCGGUUCGUCCCCGCCCCGGGCAGACGGGGACGAACCCCGCCUCCUGCUCAUCCAGGGGGCGGCGUGUACUCACACACACAGUAACGAGAUAGUUGAGUAUGACAAGGGUGACAGGGAGAAGUAUGACAAGGGUGACAGGGAGAAGUAUGACAAGGGUGACAGGGAGAAGUAUGACAAGGGUGACAGGGAGAAGUAUGACAAGGGUGACAGGGAGAAGUAUGACAAAGGUGACAGGGAGGAGGAGAAGUAUGACAAGGGUGACAGGGAGGAGUAUGACAAGGGUGACAGGGAGGAGUAUGACAAGGGUGACACGGAGAAGUAUGACAAGGGUGACAGGGAGGAGUAUGACAAGGGUGACAGGGAGGAGUAUGACAAGGGUGACAGGAAGGAGUAUGACAAGGGUGACAGGGAGAAGUAUGACAAGGGUGACCGGAGGAAGUAUGACAAGGGUGACACGGAGAGUAUGGACAAGGGUGACAGGGAGGAGUAUGACAAGGGUGACAGGGAGGAGUAUGACAAGGGUGACAGGAAGGAGUAUGACAAGGGUGACAGGGAGAAGUAUGACAAGGGUGACAGGGAGAAGUAUGACAAGGGUGACAGGGAGAAGUAUGACAAGGGUGACAGGGAGGAGUAUGACUAG